AUGAGCACCGUCAAGUUGAGACUGUUUCCUAUUCUCUCUAUCAAACACAGCAGACAAGCAAACACUUGUAGUAGAUCAGAGCUUGCAGAACAAUACCCAGCACACCCGAUAUCACGAUAUCGACUUACACCACCACCCACCAACACCAUCAUGACACUCGCCACAGACUCCAAGCCCUCCCAGGCUCCCUCCCAAACCCACGAAGCCGAAGCGGACACCCACUCCCUCCACUCAACCCCCUCCUCCUCCUCAGCCCGCUCAACAACCUCCCGCCGCCUCACCCUAACCCGCACCCUCUCCUCCCUCCACCGAACCCGCACCAACAGCACCACGGCCACCGAAAGGGCUCCUCCCGCCGUAAAACCCCCCAACAAGGGCUUCGGCGCAAACCUCCACAAGAUAACGACAACAGCCGGCAUCCCCUUCAACAAAGCCGCAAACCUCGUCGGCGCAGAAGGCUGGUUCCCGCAAACCAUGCCCCGCGAGUGCGCAAAAGCAGCACGCAUCCUCCACGCCUUCACAGACCUCGGCCCCGAACCCCCCAAGGCCCAGGGUCCCCUCCACCCGCUCGGCAUCACCCGCCGCUCCAUGGUCACCAUCCCCCACCAGGUCCUCGCCCACUGCGCCGGCCUCGCCAUCUUCAACACCCUCCGCGCGGGGGCGUACAUGGGUUCCCUCGCCGCCGGCUCCGGUAUCGUCGUCGCGCGCAGACCGGACGGGACGUGGUCCCCCCCUUCGUCGUUUGUCGUGUCCACCCUCGGCGCGGGCUUCAUGUUCGGCCUCGACAUAUACGACUGCGUCCUCGUCCUCAACACCGCAGCCCAAGUCGCAGCCUUCACGCACCCGCGCGUCUCCCUAGGCACAGAAGCCUCCGUGGCAAUCGGGCCCGUCGGCACAGGCGGCGCAGUGGAAGCCGCGGUGUCAAAGACGGCGAGGCCAAUGUACAGCUACAUGAAGUCCCGCGGCCUCUGGGCGGGCGUGCAGAUCGACGGGACAAUCAUCCUCGCGAGACAAGACUGCAACGGCGUGGCCUACGCGGACCGCCGCAUCUCGGCCAAGAAGAUUCUGCAGACGCAGGCCGAGUGGCCCGAGGGGUCGAUGCCGCUUUGGCAGACACUAAUGGCGCUGGAGGGGCGGUAUACGAUGGAUCCUGCUAUUGCGAGGGAGGUGGCGAUGAUGGGGCCGCCGGGGGAUACUACGCCGCCGCCGCCGCCGAUGGAGGAUGAUGUGCCUGCGCCGGCGUAUACGCCUUCCAUUGCGUCGCAGUUGAAUUUGAACACUUAUGGUGGUGGAGAGGAGGGGAUCACGAACGCGCCCAAGGAUGUUGAAGAGGAGCCUGUCUUGGAUGAAAAGGAGAGGCUUAGGCGGGCGGGAUACUAA